AUGGCCAGCACCAGGAGCAUUGAGCUGGAGCACUUUGAGGAACGGGACAAAAGCUUCUACCGCACGCGGACCCUGCAGGCCCUGAGCUCCGAGAAGAAGGCCAAGAAGGCGCGCUUCUACCGGAAUGGGGACCGCUACUUCAAGGGCCUGGUGUUUGCCAUCUCCAGCGACCGCUUCCGGUCCUUCGACGCGCUGCUCAUGGAGCUCACCCGCUCCCUGUCAGACAACGUGAACCUGCCCCAGGGCGUCCGCACCAUCUACACCAUCGACGGCAGCAGGAAGGUCACCAGCCUGGACGAGCUGCUGGAAGGUGAGAGUUACGUGUGUGCAUCGAACGAACCAUUUCGUAAAGUUGAUUACACCAAAAACAUUAAUCCGAACUGGUCUGUGAACAUCAAGGGUGGGACCGCCCGAGCCUUGGCUGCUCCCACCUCGGUGAAAAGUGAAGUGAAGGAAAGUAAAGAUUUCAUCAAACCCAAGCUAGUGACUGUGAUUCGAAGCGGAGUGAAGCCUAGAAAAGCCGUGCGGAUUCUUCUGAAUAAGAAGACCGCUCAUUCCUUUGAACAAGUCUUAACCGAUAUCACCGAAGCCAUUAAACUAGACUCAGGAGUGGUCAAGAGGCUCUGCACCCUGGACGGAAAGCAGGUUACUUGCCUGCAAGACUUUUUUGGUGAUGAUGAUGUUUUUAUUGCAUGUGGACCUGAAAAAUUCCGUUAUGCCCAAGAUGACUUUGUCCUGGAUCACAGCGAAUGCCGUGUCUUGAAGUCAUCGUAUUCUCGCUCCUCGGCUAAGUACUCUGGAUCCAAGAGCCCUGGGCCCUCUCGUCGCAGCAAGUCACCAGCCUCAGUAAAGAGGGGUGGCCCCUACUCCAGUGCCUACUCUACAGCCAAAUCCCCAGUUAAUGGAACUCCCAGCAGCCAGCUCUCCACCCCUAAAUCUACGAAAUCCUCCAGUUCCUCUCCAACUAGCCCAGGAAGUCUCAGAGGAUUAAAGCAGAUUUCUGCACAUGGCAGAUCUUCUUCCAACAUAAAUGGCGGGCCUGAACUUGAUCGUUGCCUGAGUCCCGAAGGCAUAAAUGGAAACAGGUGCAUUGAAUCUUCAACUCUUCUUGAGAAGUACAGAAUUGGAAAGGUUAUUGGUGAUGGCAAUUUUGCAGUAGUCAAAGAGUGCAUGGACAGGUCCACCGGAAAGGAGUUUGCCCUGAAGAUUAUAGACAAAGCCAAAUGUUGUGGAAAGGAGCACCUGAUCGAGAAUGAAGUGUCCAUCCUGCGCCAAGUGAAACACCCGAACAUCAUCAUGCUGGUGGAGGAGAUGGAAACGGCCACCGAGCUCUUCCUGGUGAUGGAAUUGGUCAAGGGUGGAGACCUCUUUGAUGCAAUUACCUCUUCAACCAAGUACACCGAGCGGGAUGGCAGUGCCAUGGUGUACAACCUGGCCAACGCCCUCAGGUACCUGCACAGCCUCAGCAUUGUGCACAGGGACAUCAAGCCGGAGAACCUCUUGGUGUGCGAGUAUCCCGAUGGAACCAAGUCUUUGAAACUGGGCGACUUCGGGCUGGCCACCGUGGUGGAAGGGCCCUUGUACACUGUCUGCGGCACACCAACCUACGUGGCUCCAGAAAUCAUUGCUGAAACCGGCUAUGGCCUGAAGGUGGACAUUUGGGCAGCAGGCGUGAUCACGUACAUACUUCUCUGCGGAUUCCCGCCGUUCCGAAGCGAGAACAAUCUUCAGGAAGACCUCUUCGACCAGAUCCUGGCCGGGAAGCUCGAGUUCCCAGCCCCCUACUGGGAUAACAUCACGGACUCCGCAAAGGAAUUAAUCAGCCAGAUGCUUCAGGUCAACGUGGAAGCACGGUGUACUGCGGGACAAAUCCUGAGCCACCCCUGGGUGUCGGAUGACGCCUCCCAGGAGAAUAAUAUGCAGGCUGAAGUGACAGGUAAACUAAAACAGCACUUUAAUAACGCGCUCCCCAAACAGAACAGCACCACCACCGGGGUCUCCGUGAUCAUGGUCCAAGGCCAUGAACACGGCUCUAGAUAAGGAGGGCCAGAUCUUCUGCAGCAAACACGGUCAGGACGGCGGCCGGUCCGGCACGGAGCUCGCCUCUCCAGUUCCUCCCUCCGCCCA